AGGCAAGUGUCAGGCCGAUGUGCCGCCCGCCGGGGGCCGGGGUCGGGGCUGCCCGGGCCAUGCGCGCGGGCUGGGCAGGGGGCCGGCGCGGCGCGAAGCCGAGUCGCCUCGGAGCCUGAGCCGCCCGGGGCCGGGGCCGGGGCCGGGGCCGGGGAGCGGCGCGCGGCCGGCCGGGGGGAGGGGAGCGAUGCGGCGCCGGCGGGCGGCCGUGGCCGCUGGUUUCUGCGCCUCCUUCCUGCUGGGCUCCGUCCUCAACGUGCUCUUCGCACCGGGCUCGGAGCCUCCGCGGCCAGGCCAGUCCCCGGGGUCCUCGGCAGCCCCGGGCCCGGGCCGUCGCGGGGGCCGUGGGGAGCUGGCCCGGCAGAUCCGGGAGCGCUACGAGGAGGUGCAGCGCUAUUCCCGCGGGGGGCCGGGGCCGGGAGCGGGCCGGCCAGAGCGGCGGCGCCUGAUGGACCUGGCUCCGGGCGGGCCGGGCCUGCAGCGUCCCCGGCCCCCGCGGGUCCGGUCCCCGCCCGACGGCGCUCCGGGCUGGCCCCCUGCUCCCGGCCCGGGCUCCCCCGGCCCGGGCCCGCGCCUAGGCUGCGCCGCGCUCCGCAACGUGUCUGGCGCGCAGUACGUGGGCUCAGGCUACACUAAGGCUGUGUACCGGGUCCGCCUGCCCGGCGGCGCCGCGGUGGCGCUUAAAGCAGUGGACUUCAGCGGCCACGAUCUGGGCAGCUGCGUGCGCGAGUUCGGGGCGCGAAGGGGCUGCUAUCGCCUGGCGGCCCACAAGCUGCUCAAAGAGAUGGUGCUGCUGGAGCGGCUGCGGCACCCCAACGUGCUGCAGCUCUAUGGCUAUUGCUACCAGGACAGUGAGGGCAUCCCAGACACGCUGACCACCAUCACAGAGCUGGGUGCCCCUGUGGAGAUGAUCCAGCUGUUGCAGACUUCCUGGGAGGAUCGAUUCCGAAUCUGCCUCAGCCUUGGCCGCCUCCUCCACCACCUGGCCCACUCCCCGCUGGGCUCGGUCACCCUGCUUGACUUCCGCCCUCGGCAGUUUGUGCUAGUGAACGGGGAGCUGAAAGUGACAGACCUGGAUGAUGCCCGCGUGGAAGAGACACCGUGCACCAGCAGUGCCGACUGCACGCUAGAGUUUCCAGCCAGGAACUUCAGCCUGCCCUGCUCGGCCCAGGGCUGGUGCGAGGGCAUGAAUGAGAAACGGAACCUCUACAAUGCCUACAGGUUCUUCUUCACAUACCUCCUGCCACACAGUGCCCCGCCUUCCCUCCGACCUCUCCUGGAUAGCAUCGUCAAUGCCACGGGAGAGCUCGCCUGGGGGGUGGAUGAGACCCUGGCCCAGCUGGAGACAGCGCUACACUUGUUCCGAAGUGGGCAGUACCUGCAGAACUCUACAAGCAGCAGGGCUGAGUACCAGCGCAUCCCGGACAGUGCCAUCACACAGGAGGACUAUCGCUGCUGGCCAUCCUAUCACCACGGCGGCUGCCUCCUGUCCGUGUUCAACCUGGCUGAGGCUAUAGAUGUCUGUGAGAGCCAUGCUCAGUGUCGUGCCUUUGUGGUCACCAACCAGACCACCUGGACAGGUCGGAAGCUGGUCUUUUUUAAGACUGGAUGGAACCAAGUGGUCCCUGAUGCCGGCAAGACCACAUAUGUGAAGGCCCCUGGUUGACUGGUUGUGGGCUCAGCUGACCAGCUGGGCUUGCCUGCUGCAGGCGUGACUUGCAUCCCACCUGGGAACCCCUGCAGACAAAAGCUAGCUCCCAGAGCAACUGAUGUGACCAGGACAAAACGUGCAAUAUGCAAAAAUGUUAAAAUGUGAGUUUGCCAGCUUCAGUCCCAGACUGGUUGGAACCCGAUUGCCUCUCUGGAGCUGUAGGCUGUGAGCAGGGCUCAGGCUGGUCUUAACUGGGACAGUCCCGUGGGCAGCCCAUUACUGCAUUCAUGCUUUGAGAAUGUAGCCAGAACACUGCUGCUGCAUAAGCCACCGUGGGCAGGAGCUGCCUGGGGACAACCAGUCUCAGAGUGCUCUCUCAGCUCAGCUCCGCUCCAAAUGGAGAGCGCGGGAUGCGGAGAUGUGAGUGAACCAGCACUGGGAAGAAGGCUCUCGGGCCUCUCCCUAGAGGUUGCUCCUAGGCCAGCCCCGAGGCCGUGGGCAGCAGUGCUCGCAUCCAUAUGAGCCAAGACUAGAGUGGAGGAGCAGAUUGCAUUUGAGCCAGGACUGGGGUGGGGGUAGGGUCGGGGCCUCUCUGCCUCAUUUGCUUUCAGUGAAAGCCAGGGAGCAGCCGCAGCCAGGCUCCUCCCACUCCUGGAGGCCAGGCUCCUCCCCCUCCUGGAGGCCAGGCUCCUCCCCCUCCUGGAGUUUGCGUACCCAGAAGCUUUUAUACUUCUCGUUCAUUAAAUUGUUUAUUUUUGUAAAAAAAAAAAUUAAUCAAUUAAUAAAAUGAUGUUUUGUGACAAA